AUGGUUGGGUCUGGUCCACGGAGACUUGACGAGGUAUUUGAUCAGUCUAGUCUGGACUGGGAGAAUGUCAUUGACGAAGAAAAUGUUCCAUUUGAGAAUUUCGACUCGGAUGGGUAUGAUCAUUUCGAAGAUGACACACCUCCAUCUCCACCCCCAGUUAGAUCUCCCACUGUAGUUAGACGCCUUACUGUUUGUUAUGGCGGCACACAACCUGAGGUUAGUGAUUGUCAUAAUUUGGCCAUGAGGAUGUUGUUAGUGCCUGUUGAGGAUCUAGUCACUAGUAAAUCAUAUCUGGGUGGGAGGAUUCAAGGGAAGGAAGUCCUGAGGUAUUGCCGUAUUGGUCGGUCUGCUCGAGAUCAAGUGAUUGCCUGGUUAUGGCUCAUGUUAGAGAAUACGUUGUUUACAGAUAGGAGCGGGACUCGGAUUAGAGUGGCAAUUCUCUCAGAGAUUAUUGAUGACCUAACACUUGUCACGAGCUUUCGUGGGGCUCUGGCGUGUCCACCAGAGCGGAAAAUGCCUCAUUCUCCGGGUCCUGAUAAUAGCGCAGAGCGUCUGAAGAAACUUCGGCGGGAGAUCGACGGCUUGACAGCAGCAGAUGUGACAUGGUUGCCUUAUGGACUCGAGCCUGUUGACGAUGAUCUGAGGACUUUGUACAAUGGUGGAUACAGUACCGAGAUAUUAUUGAGUCAUACUUGCCUGCACGAGUAUUGCGCCAGAUUGUGUACAUCCAGACCAUUCCUCCACCUAUCCCUAGACCCUCGGAGUUACAAGCUCGAUCUAGGCGAGUUACAGCCGAGUGAUAUAGAUGAGACUGCAUGCGUAGAUUGUUACCUGGACUGGUACAUUCGAGUUUCGCAUCCUCUGCUUGUUUUGGAUCGCGCUACUGUUGGGACUUUGAGAGCGGGAGUUGGAAACAUAUCUCACUGGAUCAACCGACUGUCUAUGUUAUCUAGAAUCACACUAGGUGAAUUGGGCAGAUGGGAUCCAGAGACUGUAAGGAAACAUCAGGCAUUGUUUGCUCAAUUCACCAAGGAUUUUCAUUCGAGUCAUUGA